AUGUCUUCAACUAUAAUACCAGACCUCUCUACGAUUAUUGCGCGCUUCCCGCCCGUACCUGGUCUUUCCUGCCGCCAGCAAAGUAUCGAAAUAUUCUAUCUCGAGAUAGUCGACCCCGCAAAGUACAAGGCCAUCACAUUCUCCCAGUCCUUCCGGGACAUCUACGGCGAGCCGAUGACCUACUAUACCGACUUCUUGCGCUUCAUGAAUACUCAAUUCAGCAAGAAGAUCGUCCCAAAGCUAAAGUCCCUCUCCGAGUUGGUGAACAACAAAACCUUCACCUUUAUCUGGUUUUGCAAGACUGUCGACAACACAGUGAAGCAAUUGGGCUUAGCUACUAUAACUCGACCAAUGAUGGAGGCAGCUUGGGUCUACUAUGCAUUUUCAAUGUUCGAGUCUGAGAGGGGAAAGCUAGGCCAAGAGUUCUGGGACAAUCAUAGAAGGAGGGAGAGGCUUCAAGCUGCGCUGCGUUCGGUUAUCGACAGACGAUUCCAUCCUAAUGAAAAGGUGGAGAAGUAUUGGAUCGAGAAAAGAGAAGGAUUUGGUCUGUCUAGAGAUGAUGUAGCGAGGAAGGAAGAGGGUUGCGAUGAAGAUCCAAGGCAGAUGAGAAUCGUGGAAGAUGAAGAUGAAGAUGAAGAUGAAGAUGAAGAUGAAGAUGAAGAUGAAGAUGAAGAUGAAGACGAAGACGAAGACGAAGACGAGGAGAUGGAGAUGGAGAUGGAGGAUGUAGAACCAGAGAACGAGCGAAGGGAUUUGGUAGGCUGUCGAAAACAUGCACAUUGA